CAGAACUUUCAACGUAUUUCCGGUUCCGGGUCAAAGGGUCUCAUAGGGAGCCAUUGUGCAUGUUAUGUUUUGUGUGUGCAGUUUGUUCGGAUUUACCACAUGAUAACUCUUGUUAUGGUCAAACUUAUGGUGGUAUCUGCAAUCUAAUAACCAGUUGACAAUGACAACGCUGAGGCCGUUCACAUGUGACGACUUGUUCCGCUUCAAUCGCGUGAAUCUGGACCCUCUUACUGAAACUUAUGGCCUGCCGUUUUACAUGCAGUACCUGGCCAGAUGGCCCGAGUAUUUCCAGGUGGCCGAGUCACCCACAGGGGAUAUCAUGGGAUACAUCAUGGGGAAGGCAGAAGGCCGUGUGGCCCAGGAGGAGUGGCACGGACAUGUCACAGCGCUGACUGUAGCUCCGGAGUUCAGGAGGCUGGGGCUGGCCGCCAAGAUGAUGGCAAGCUUAGAGCAGAUUUCAGAAAACAAAAACUGUUACUUUGUGGACCUGUUUGUGCGAGUGUCCAACAAGGUUGCAGUGGACAUGUACAAGAAGCUGGGGUACAGCAUCUACAGGACAGUACUGGAGUACUACUCAGGAGACCCUGAUGAGGAUGCUUACGACAUGAGGAAGGCCCUGUCUGCAGAUGUGAAGAAGAAGUCCAUCAUACCCUUACCCCAUCCUGUCCGACCAGAGGACAUAGAAUAACAGUAGUGAACCACAGCACCACUCUUACAGGACUGGGACAGAUGUGGAACACAAUAUGCCCUAAAUUUGCUAUUAUACCCUAUUUGGCCAGUUGCAGUUUUAGAUUUUAAAAAUGUCACACAACAUUGUUAGGGGAUCAGAAACCAAAUAGCCAUUAGUAGAGCAUUAGUUGAGUACAUGGCACCAUUGAUCUUUUAGAAUAUAGAAUUAGAGAUUGUUCCCAAAUACGGCAAAUUUAGGGCACAUUUCAUUACAUGAAUUCAAGACACACAUGAAAACACAGCUGUCACAGAUCUGUAAUAGUUCUGCUGUGGAGCCCAACCUUCAAGGGAACUCGGGCAAUGUAAUGUAUUAGGAACAAAAACAACAACAACAUCAAACCCAUAAGUCCAGAAUUGUUUUAAAGCCAUCUUUUUGAUGUUAUGUUUUGAAAAUAUGUAUGCAGGAGCUACAUGUGCUGGACUUGUGGCCUGCUAUUCUACUGUAACAGCAAGGAAUGCCAAGAAAUGUCAAUAUUUUCUGUGAUGUCUUGAUGAUUCUUUGGUGUCUAUACCUCAGCCUGGUUGGAUUAGUGUAGACAUAUAUUGUAUCAUUUUAUUGAAACAAAGCUGGCAAGGACAAGAUUUAUGAUCAUUUGAAUUGAUAAUAGGAACGUAAUUUCAAAUUAAAGUCGGAAUAAUUUGACAAGUUAUGGGUAAACAUGUUUUCUGCAUGUCCUGCUCAGGUCAGCAUUUAUUUCUGUUUGUCCUAUCAAAGAGAACUGUUGAUGACAAACUUCCUGUUGAUGUCAUUGCAUCAGGUAACUUGUCUCAGAAUGCAGGAAAACAAAUGCUUAGGAAUAUGUUUGUUCUGUGCCAUUUGAGAAUGUAUACUUA